UUUGUUUCUCUCAUUUCAGUUAAAAAUAGUCUCUAGUUUGCUGACUUACCCAUUGAAUUUGAAAAAUAAAUAUUUGAUAUCUUAUAAGUGAAGUUGUUAUCUAUUAAAUAGUAUAUUAAUUACGCUCUUAUUAAACACUCUAAAGUCAUGGAGGCUGGGGUCGCAAAACGCUCGGACAGUGGCACCAGCAUUGCAAGCAGCGGAAGCACUGGCAGUUUCCUGUCCAAUGGUUUCGGAACGCAAUUCAUGACGGUAGCUCCACCGCUUCUCAACUGCGAAGAUGAACUGAUUUGGCUGGACAUGACGAAUCCCGCCUACCAUAAGCCGGUUUACAAUAGCGCGAUCAACGAAACGAAACCCAUGGGCAAGGAUGCCAAGAACCUGAUAACGCAAUCCUUCCGGCAGGCCCUCAGCAUCCAGGAUCAGAACGAUUUGCUACGUGAGUUGGAAAAGGAUUCGGAAUUGGUGUACAAUGUUGGUUUAACGCCUGAUAAGCUUCCUGACUUGGUGGAAUAUAAUCCGUUGAUUGCUAUUGAAAUACUGUUGAAGUUGAUUCAUUCACCGCAAAUCACCGAAUAUUUCAACGUUCUGGUAAAUAUGGAAAUGUCCCUUCACUCCAUGGAGGUAGUGAACCGACUGACCACACUGGUAGAGCUUCCCACUGAGUUCAUACAUCUGUACAUCAGCAACUGCAUUUCGUCGUGCGAAGCCAUCAAGGAUCGGUACCUGCAGAAUCGGUUGGUCCGGUUGGUUUGUGUGUUCCUGCAAAGUCUGAUCCGCAACCGGAUAAUCGAAACCAGUGAACUGUGUAUUGAGCUGGAAGCGUUCUGUGUGGAGUUUAGUCGCAUUAGGGAAGCCGCAGCUCUGUAUCGGCUGCUGAAACAGCUGGAAACGGAAUCGAGUUCGGUUAAUAAAACAAAAUAGGUUGAAAGGAUAAUGAAAGCGCA